CACGAGUCUUGUUUACAUGACGCAACAGCACGUGGCAAGAGGCGUCAGCGCACCUGUCUGGUUGUCGUGUUUGCGUAAACUUUUUUUCAAGUGAGCUGUGAUUGAACCGUCAUCAUGUGUAGUGUUGAUCCUGACGAGCUCACAGAAAUGACACGAGCCACAGGCCAGUUGGACAUCAGUGGUGGUGAUGUUUUGUGUCGCAAAUGUGGAACAGGAACUGCUGAAGUUGUGCUACGAGUCAAGGAUGCAUAUUGCAGGGAAUGUUUCUUGGCUUACUUUGUGCACAAGUUCCGCUCAACCAUUGGCAAGUCAAAGCAGAUCCGACAUGGUGACAAAGUAUUGGUUGCAACGUCUGGUGGAGCAUCGUCGGCUGCCAUGCUGCACCUCAUUAGGCAGGGCCUGAAUGAGACUUCACACAAACAGCUGCGAUUUGAGCCUGCUUUCCUAUAUGUAGAUGAAAGUUGUUUAAGUGAAAACCCUAGCUCGGGCCAAGAAUACAUCAAGAAAGUUUGUGGAGAAGUGACUACGUUAGACUUUGAUUGCUAUGUUACAUCAAUAGAGCAGAUUAUGUCAACACAAGUGAUGUCACCUGUUUUGUUUACUAAGGAAUGGAAUGAAGAACAACUCCCAAAGACUAAGAGCCUAGAAGAAAGCACAAAAGACCUGUUAAUGGCCUGCAAGAGUCCGUCGGCCAAAGAAGACCUUGCAGAGCAGCUGCGUCAAGACCUCAUACUUCAGGCCGCAAAAGCUCUUGGUUAUCAGAAAGUCUUUCUCGGUGACAAUGCAACAAGCUUGUCUAUUGCAAUCUUGGGAAAUGUGGCCAUUGGUCGAGGCUCACAGCUGCCUGGAAGAAUGCAUUUCAAAUCAGUGCACCAAGGCAUCGAAAUAUACCGACCAAUGAGAGAAAUUCUUCAGAAUGAGAUUCAGUAUUAUGUACAAAUUCACAAUUUGUCUGCAGUGAAAGCACCAGGUUUCCAGAUGAAGGGUUCAAGCAUCACCUCCUGCACAGAAGACUUUGUGAAAACCCUACAGAGAGACUUCCCUGCCACCAUCCCUACCAUCUUCCGUACGGGAGACAAGCUCGUGUCCUCGUCCUCAGAGCAGAGCCGACGCACCAGUCCAGAGCCACUCAAUGGUGCUGGUUCUUGCAGUGAAGUGUGUGUCCUUUGUGGCUCGGAUUUGGACACUGAGCAGGGUGAAGCUUCUGCUGUCCAUGCCAUUCUUGUAUCGCAGGAAUUGUCUCAGCGGAAGGUGGGGGGUGACUCCAAGGAAGGAAGUAAGGGGAUAAGCAAUGCUUUAUAUGAUAAAUCAACUGUGAAUGGAAAUUGUGAAUCGAGUGACAGUGCAGAGCUUGCUGAAAAUUCUUGUGCUUGUAAUGGAGAUGGUGGUUGUGGCAGUGGGGGAAAAGACAGCAAAAGGGAACAUGUAUUAUCACGGGACCAGCUUGAAGGUUACCUCUGCUACGGAUGUCGGAUUAUUGCAAGAGAACUGAGAGACGUCCAACUUCUCCCGAAAAAAAUGUUAGGAACGGCGGCUGAACAAGAACGACGGAAACUCAUGAGGGAACAGAUUCAGGACUUUCUCUUAUAAUGUCUCUCUGGAAAUAGAGAAUAUGCUUUUAGUAUUUUAUUGCAGAUUGAAACUUGGACCUUUUUUGUAAUUAUAGAGAUAUAUUGGUGGAAUUU